GCAGAGUGUCCAAUGGAUUCCGCCAGCAAUGUUCAGAUUGUCCCAUCAUCAUCUGAUCUUUCUUCUCCUAUCUCCGAAUCCCCAUGGGAAUAUGAAGUUUUCCUCAGUUUCAGAGGUGAAGACACUCGUUAUACUUUUACUGAACGUCUAUAUGAGGCCUUGGUCGAGAAAGGGGUUGUCACCUUUAAGGACGAUGAAGAACUCGAAAUAGGGAAACGCAUUUCGCUUGAACUCAUAUGUGCAAUCAAGAAAUCGAGAAUCGCAGUCGUCGUCUUGUCAAGAAACUAUGCAUCUUCCGCAUCUUGCUUGCAAGAACUUGUAAAGAUUGUUGAACGCGUGGAAGAGAGACGGAUGAAAAUUUUUCCCAUCUUCUAUCAUGUGGAUCCAAGCAAUGUUCGGCAUCAGAGGGAGACUUUUGCAGAUGCCUUUGUAGAGCAUGACAAACGUUUCAAAGAAAACAUAAAGGAGGUGCGAGCGUGGAGAGAUGCUUUGAAAAAAGUGGCCAAUCACUCCGGCUACUCCCUAAAGGAUGGGUCCGAGUCAAUGCACAUCCAAACCAUUGUUGGAAAGAUAUCCCGUGAUUUGGAUGGUACACUCUCAGGUGUUGAUGAGGACAACCUUGUUGGAAUGGACUCCCGAGUUGAGAAAAUAAAAUUGCAUCUGGAUAUGACUUUGAAUGAUGUUCGCUUUAUAGGAAUAUGCGGGAUGAGUGGGAUUGGUAAGACAACGCUUGCACAAGCUGUUUUUAAAAGGAUCCGUAGUCAAUUUCAAGCUAGCAGCUUUCUCAACAAUGUUAGAAUGGAGCACGAAAAACAUGGUUUAGCUACAUUGCAGCAACAACUCCUCAUUGAUAUGAAGUUAAAGAGUGAAAAAGAUAAAGCAUAUGUGUGUACAGGAAUCGAUGAGACAAUUAAGAGAUUGCGUUACAAAAAGGUUCUUCUGGUUCUUGAUGAUGUGGAUAAUAUAGUACAAUUAAAAACAUUAGCAGGGAACCAUAAUUGGUUUGGCUCAGGGAGUAGAAUUAUCAUAACCACUAAACACAGACAGCUGUUGAAAAUACAUGGAGUACAAAAUGUGUACAUGGCUGAGAAAUUGAAUGAAUGUGAUGCUCUACAACUCUUUUGUCAAGAAGCCUUCCACAAACCCCAUUGUGAAAAAGGCCUUCUAGAUCUAUGCGAGGGGUUUAUAAGUUAUGCUGAUGGGCAUCCUCUAGCUCUUACAGUUUUGGGAUCCUCCCUGUUGGGAAAAGAAAGAAAGCUAUGGGAAAGUGCUUGGGAUAGGCUAAAAGAAUUUCCUGACAAAGUUAUUCAGAACACACUUCAAAUCAGUUUUGAUGCUCUGGGGGAUACGGAGAAAAAACUAUUUUUAGAUAUUGCCUGCUUCUUCAAUGGGGAGGAGAAAAAAAGAGUAGCUGAUAUACUAGAAGGUUCUGGUUGCUACCCGAAAAUUGAUAUGGAAAAUCUCAUUGACAAAUCUCUAAUAACCAUUUUAGAGAGAAAAUUGUGGAUACAUGAUUUACUACAGAGAGUGGGUUGGGAAAUUAUUCGUUGUCAAUCCCCACAGAAUCCAGGAGAACGCAGUAGGUUAUGGCUUUGUGACGACGUCUUUAAAGUACUAAUGGAUAAUACAGGAACGGCUUCAGUUGAAGGCAUGAUGCUAAACUCAUAUCCACAUCAACAAGAAUGCUUGAAGCCUGAAGCAUUCUCGAUGAUGACAAAUCUGAGAUUGCUUAGAAUCUACAAUGUGCACCUUCCACUGGGCCUCAGUUAUCUUUCUAACGAGUUACAUCUUAUGGAAUGGUAUGAAUAUCCUUUGAGAUCCAUACCAAGGGGUUUUCAACCAGUCAAACUUGUUGAGCUCAUAAUGCCUCGCAGCCGCUUUGAGCAGCUACCAAUGGGAUUUACUAAUUUAAAAACGCUGAAACUCCUUGACCUUAGUGACUCUCGAAACUUAAUCCUGACUCCUGAUUUCACUGGAUUCCCAAAUCUUGAGAAGCUGAUUCUUCAAGGCUGCACAAGAUUGGAAAAGGUUGACCCAUCUGUUGGAGCUCUUGAACGGCUUAUUCUAUUAAAUUUGAGGGAUUGCAAAUGUCUUAGAAGCUUUCCACACGAGAUCAACUUGAAAUCUCUUGAAAUUUUAAUUCUAUCUGGCUGUUCAAGACUCAAAAACUUUCCAGAGAUAGGACAAAAUAUGAUAUACUUGUCAAAGCUUUAUUUGGAUGGGACUGCCAUAGAAGAAUUACCAUCAUCAAUUGAGCAUCUAACUAAUCUAGCUCUAUUGAAUCUUCGAGAUUGUAAAAGCCUUUUGAGUUUUCCGAGAGUCCUUUUUGGUUUGGCAUCUCUUAAAUCUCUUAUUCUUUCAGGGUGCAGGUGUCAACCAACUAAAUCAGGGCAUCCACUUGGACUUUCUCCCAUUUUAUCUCCAAUUGAUGUCCGUCUCAACUUUGUACAACUAAUUUCUUUUUCUGUCCUAUACUAUUUGAUACUGCCAAACACAUAUCUCCGCAUCCUCACCUGUGUUGCACUUAUUUUAUGGACACAUUUUUCAUGUGUUGCCCGACAACAUGAGUCAAAACCCAUUAACUUAUUGUUGCCAAGGUCGUUCUCAGGGUUAAGCUCUGUGGUGUCUCUAGAUUUAAGUGACUGCAAUCUAUUGGAUGGAGCAUUCCCUGAUGAUCUUAGUUGCUUAUCUUCUUUACAGUCUCUAAAUUUGAGCAGAAAUGGCUUUAUAUGCCUGCCCAAUAGCAUUUCACAGCUUUCUAAGCUCAAAUUUCUUUGCUUGGAUAAUUGUACCAAGCUUAAAUCAUUGCAAAAUCUUCCCAUAAGUACACAGUUGGUGAUGGCACGAGAAUGUACUUCACUGGAAAAUUAUUCUGGUCAAGUGGUUGUGUGGACUUCUGGUGAAGCUGGAUUCACUUUUAUUAAUUGUCUCAGCCUAGCCGAUGAUGAAGAAUGCAAAGUAGGUGAGGUUUUCUUGCUUGAUUCACAAGUCCGACCACUAUGGCAAAGAUACAUGGAGGAGAAAAUUCAUCAAAGCCAAGGACUUCAAAGCAUUUUACCUCAAACUGAAAUUCCGAAGUGGUUCAGCCAUCAGAAAUAUGGGUCAUCUGUACUGAUCCGGAUACCUUCUGAUUUGUAUGAAAAUAGUAGUUGGAAAGGAAUUGUGUUGUGUGCUAUUUUUGUAGUCCACAAAGAUUUGAUCAGCAGCAUUUCUCCUAGUCAGGAUCCAUAUUUCCACAAGUUCAAACUUCGUUUGGACAUGGAUGGAGGUCUUGUAGAUUGCCCUCAAGUCUUUAACAUCCCCAAAGACAGAUUCCAUGCAGGUUCGUUUGGACUUUGGCUAUAUCUGUCCCAUGAGAGGUUUAGGGACAAUUUAGAUGAACGCAACUGCAUUAGCCCUUCAAUUACAACCCACAGUCCAGAUGUUGAGAUUAAAGCCUGUGGUGCGCGUUUACUGUAUGAUACAGAUAUGGCAGAGUUUGUACAGAAUUUGAGCGAGAAUAAUUUUAGGAUUUCUGAAGACCUCCUCCAUCAAGGCCAUGAAAAUUCAUGGAAUGUCAUCUGAACAAUUCCCAAAGGCAUCAGGCGGAGGGAACUAUUAAACUAAACCAAUCUGAAUUUUGGUAUUCUUUUCAUUCUUAUGUUUCUAGGA